AUGGCGUCUCUUCUCGGAACUUCUACUUCUUCUUCUGCAAUCUGGGCUUCUCCUUCUCUCUCUUCUUCUUCUUCCUCAACACAUUCGAUCUCCCCCAUUUGCUUCAGGCCAGGAAAUUUUUUGGGGAGAAAGCUAAAUGCAGGAAUCCAAAUAAGGCCAAAGAAGAACAAGUCUCGUCACCAUGUCUCGGUUAUGAAUGUAGCCACAGAAAUCAACUCUACUGAACAAGUAGCUAAGUUUGAUUCCAAGAAGAGUGCAAGGCCGGUUUAUCCAUUUGCAGCUAUAGUAGGGCAAGAUGAGAUGAAGCUAUGCCUCUUGUUGAAUGUGAUUGACCCAAAGAUCGGUGGUGUGAUGAUAAUGGGAGAUAGAGGAACCGGGAAAUCCACAACGGUUAGGUCUUUAGUCGAUCUGUUACCGGAGAUUGAGGUUGUUGCAGGUGACCCUUACAACUCGGAUCCUUUGGAUCCUGAGUUUAUGGGAGUUGAGGUGAGAGAGAGAGUCGAGAGAGGAGAGAAAGUUCCUGUUGUUGCGACUAAGAUCAAUAUGGUUGAUCUUCCAUUGGGUGCAACGGAAGAUAGAGUUUGUGGAACAAUUGAUAUUGAAAAGGCUUUGACGGAAGGUGUAAAAGCCUUUGAGCCUGGCUUGUUGGCUAAAGCCAAUAGAGGGAUACUCUAUGUCGAUGAAGUUAACCUCUUGGAUGAUCAUUUGGUUGAUGUGCUUUUGGACUCAGCUGCUUCGGGUUGGAACACGGUUGAGAGAGAAGGGAUUUCGAUUUCUCACCCGGCGAGGUUUAUCUUGAUUGGUUCUGGAAAUCCUGAAGAAGGAGAGCUUAGGCCACAGCUUCUUGAUAGGUUUGGUAUGCACGCGCAGGUAGGGACUGUUAGGGAUGCUGAUUUGCGAGUCAAGAUUGUGGAAGAGAGAGCUCGUUUCGAUAGUAACCCCAAGGACUUCCGUGAUACUUACCAGACAGAGCAGGACAAGCUUCAAGACCAGAUUUCAACUGCGAGGAGCAACCUUUCCUCGGUUCAGAUUGAUCGGGAACUGAAGGUGAAGAUCUCUAGGGUGUGUUCAGAGCUCAAUGUGGAUGGGUUGAGAGGAGACAUUGUGACUAACAGAGCAGCGAAAGCACUUGCAGCUCUCAAAGGAAAAGAUCGAGUAACUGCAGAAGAUGUUGCAACCGUUAUCCCUAACUGCUUGAGGCACCGUCUCAGGAAAGAUCCACUGGAAUCUAUCGACUCUGGAGUUCUGGUCUCCGAGAAGUUCGCCGAGAUUUUCAGCUGA